GCCUCAUUGACCUCCACAGGGUUCCAUAGGUAGUUUAGAGGCGACACCAUCUAAACCUCACCUCGUCUCUUGUCUUGUUCCCGCCUCUUGUAUUUUACACUCUUCAUGACUGCGGCCCUUCUCGCUAAGUGACGGACUUCCGUCUUCGACCACUCCUUCACCCUCACCUCGCGACAAUUUAUUCAUCCUUUGCCUACCUCACCUGUGACCCCUCCAUUUGCGACAUCUCCCCGUCUCGACCGCUUCAUACAAUAUCUUUACCUGUCUAUAUACCGACCGUAUUUUGAACAUGACGGGUCCUGCCUCUCCGCAGGCCGAAGGCCCCACGUUUGCUCCUCCCCCGCUGCCCGCGGGUUGGAUUGCUCAAUGGGAUGGUACAAGCAAGAAAUAUUAUUAUGUCCAGCUAUCGACUGGUGUUUCGCAGUGGGAGGUUCCUACUGAACCAGCCAAAACGGGAAAUACUCCAGCUCCCCAAGGCGAACAUCCUUACGGCGCUCCCAAGCGUUCGGAACUCAUUACGCAUCCCGAUGGAUCGCAAACUGUGCGCCAUGCAGAUGGUACCAUGGAACCAAUUAUGCCGGACGGCACCAGAGGUGUAGAUGGUCCUUCUGGUGAACGGGGUCUCGGAGUAUGUCGUCUUGGCAUUUCUCGAUAGUGUUGAAUUAUGCUAACAGCCUGUCAGAGCAUGGCUAUGAACGCUUUGCUUGGCGGAAAGAACUCUGGUCAUGGUGGCAGCAGCAGCGGUGGCCACAGCUCUAGUCCAUUGGGCAAUCUUGGCGGUCUCGCAAACCAGUUCCUCGGCGGCAGCCAUGGUGGUAGUGGCGGCGGCAGUGGGGGAAACAAGCCCUCAGGCGCAGGAAAGCUCGUUGGGCAACUGGCGUCGAGCUUUAUGCACUCGGCUAGUCAGGAGAAGCCUCCUGCCCCCCAAAAUUACCACGGCAAUUCCAACCAGAGCUCAAGCCAUCAUCAGGGAGGCCUCGCUGGGCAGCUUAUGGGUGGUGUCGCAACUAUGUUUGGCGGUAAACACGGCAGCAGUGGACAGAAUUCCAACUUUGGCUAUAGUUCGGGGCAACAGCCCCAACAGCAGCAGGGUAGCGGUGGAACGUACUCGGGCGAGGCACCAACCUACAAUCCUACAGGCUCAGCUUCUUCGGCGGCUUCAGCGCCCCCCGUAGCCGGUGCGCAUUCCUAUGGCUCCCCAUCCCCGAACCAGCAUCAACAGCAUGGCUCGAACCAACAGUAUGGUGGUCAACACCAAGCUGGUCAGAAUCAGACAUACGGAUCGCAACAGCAGCCAGGCUCUCAUCAGCCUUUCAACUCGCAUCAGCAACAGCCCGGCGGAAACCUGCAGUAUGGCAGUCAGCAACACUCUGAGCCAGGCCAACAAUACAGCACGCAUCAGCAACAGCCCGGUCAGAAUGGCCCUUAUGGAAGUCAUCAGCAGCAGCCUGGCUCGAACCAGCAGUACGGAGGCAACUCUUCUUUUGGUGGGAGCCAUCAUGGUUCUUCAAACAACUCGUUCCCUCCUCCGCCAGGAGGUCCUCCCCAACAUGGACAAAAUGCACAACAGGGACAGCAAUACUUUCCUCCACCCCCUGGACAACAACCACAUGAGCCAUCUUCUGGUACAGGCUAUCCUGAUAUUCAAGCGCACGGCGGCCACUUUGGUGGCCCGCCUGAUCAACAUGCCCAGCAGUCACAGGGCUAUAGUGCACCGCCAACCUCAGGCAAUCAGAACUUUCCUCCUCCUCCACCUGGGGCGCCCCCCGGAGGAUACAACCCCUUUUAUAACGCAGGCCAGGGGAGCCAGCAGUCCUACGGUGGCCAGCCGCAAUUCAACAGUGGCGCUCCUCCUGUGCCUCAUGGUUCACACCCUCAGUAUGGAGGAGCUUACUGAGAGACUACAGUGAACCUGUAUGGAACAACCGCAGUAUUUAUGCUACUCUUUUGAGUUACCGACCACCUUCUCGUUUUGGUAUGGGAUCGCAAGAAUAUUCGAAGCCGAAGAAAUUUAUAGCUCUCCUGUCACAUCCGACACUUGGAUGCUUGAUAUGAAAGUGUUUUUCGAUGAAGAUGUGUGUUGAAAUGAGUAUAGAUAUCGAAGCUCUUGAGAGGGAUAGGAAGAGUGGCCUGAAGUUGGAGAAGUUACGAGCAAUAUGAUUAACGUACAUAGUAGAACGCAUUCCACCAAGCCCCUUUUUAGCAUCUAGAGUCCAGAGCCCGAUGGUGCCAACACCUCCGUUCAUCAAUUCUGUUUCUUGUUUGCGCCCUCGGUUGUGACUGCAAUUUCCUGUAACUUAGAGGCGAUAGAUCUGGACACAAACCAAGCCACCGCGCCGACAAGAACAAGAUAACCAGCUGCUGGGACUAGAGAACGGGGGACGAUACCAUAAUGAUAGGGGUCGAGGAUGAGAUCUACGUGUACAGGUGAAGGUUCCUUCAUAAGAGCCGCGUUAUUCGUAAAGUAGUCAGCUG